UCUCCAUUCCUUCUUCUUCUCACAUCAUUAUCAAAUGGCCCAUCUCAAGGCAGCAUUCUACCUAUUAUUGCUAGCUAUCUCCAUCACCUUUACCAACUCGGCCCGAAUCCUCGAUGAGGAGGUCCCACCUACAGGUGGCCCAGUGGUCUCCCCUGUGGUGUCCAAUGCAAUUGCGCCACCUGUCGUUGUCCCCACUCAAUCCAGCAUUACUUCGCCGGUGUUGACACAACCAGGUGUGGGUGGGCCCACCACCAGUAGUGCCACAGUGGCUGAUGCUGAUCCCCACCACACAUUAUCCUUCUUCAUGCACGACAUUAUCGGCGGGACGAAUCCGACCGCUAGAGCAGUGACUGGGAUUGUGUCUAACUCAGCAAUCAACGGCCAGCUCGCCUUUGCCAAACCCAAUGGCGCGGUCCUCCCAAUCAAUGGUGGUGUUCCACUCACUAACAGCAAUAAUGCCGUAAUAAACAACAAUAACAUUCCCUUCCUCACCGGCCUUGGCGGUCAGACAACGACGACGGUGAUUCAAAACAAUGGAAACAACAUCGCCGGCAGCAACGGGCUUCCGUUCGUCAACGGGGGCCAGCUGCCGGCAGGGACCACCCUCCAGAGCCUCUUAUUCGGGACGAUGACAGUGAUUGACGAUGAGCUGACUGAAGGACAUGAGCUGGGGUCCGUCGUGGUCGGGAAGGCUCAGGGGUUCUAUGUGGCUAGCUCAGAGGACGGAACGAGUCAGACCAUGGCGUUUACGGUCAUGUUCGAGAGUGGCCACUACAUCGACACUCUCAGCUUCUUCGGUGUCCACCGCACCAUGUCGUCGGAAUCUCAAUUGGCUAUCAUGGGUGGGACAGGGAAGUACGUGAAUGCCAAGGGAUAUGCAACCGCUCAAACCAUUCAUCAGGUGGAUCAGCACACAACUGAUGGAGUUGAAACGCUCCUACACUUCACUGUCUACCUCUCUUACUAAUGGGCUUGAGAAAUGCUUAGAUGUUCGCGGCCCACGUCUGUGAGAUCCAGGAAAUUCAUUGGGUCCGUCCACUGAAAACAUACCUUGGCCCAAAAAUCAGGCCCGUCCACUCGUCGGGUGGGGAACACACAUUGUAUGGACUGAAAAUUACCCUAUGAUCUACACAUAACAUACAUGCGUGGCCCACUUGAUGAGAGCUCGACAGCGUGGAUUUUGGGCUGGUGAAUGUGCAAUGUGGGUCCACCUGAUUAAUGGGCUGGAUCUUGCAUACGAUUGGCGUGGAUCUCCAAGCAUUUCUCAGUACAAAAUGUUUUUAAUUGUAUUCCCAAGUUCAAAUCUCUAUAUAUAAUAGAGAUUAAGAUCAAAAGAGAAGUUGGGUUUGCUUUAUGAA